GCUCUUACUGAUCUGGAAGGCCGUCUCCCUGCCUCGGCUUGUCGCUCCGCAGCUUUAACAACAACACUUGACGGUGUUAUUUGGCUGAGAUCUGAGGACACACAAGCCUCCAGCAGUUGACUUGCAGUGUCAUGAUGGCCUCCAGUCGCUGGUGUGCGCCGGCCUUGGUGAAUUGUCUCUGGAUCUGCGUCACUUUGUUGACUAACCUGAGCGGGGAUGUUGUUGCCAAGUCAUAUCGAAGACCCAACAUUGUUUUGAUUCUCACAGACGACCUAGACAUCGCCAUCGGAGGGCUGAGUCCACUGAACAAGACAAAAAAACUCAUCGGUGAUGCAGGGAUAUCAUUCACAAACGCAUAUGUCGCCAGCCCGCUGUGCUGCCCCAGUCGAGCCAGCAUCCUGACAGGGAAAUACCCCCACAACCACCACGUCAUCAACAACACCUUAGAGGGCAACUGCAGCAGCAAAGCCUGGCAGAAGAGCCAGGAGCCCCACACCUUCCCCGCCCUACUGCAGGCCAGCGCUGGCUACCAGACCUUCUUUGCUGGGAAGUAUCUCAACCAGUAUGGGCACGCGGAGGCUGGGGGAGUGGAGCAUGUCCCUCCAGGGUGGAACUACUGGGUUGGACUGGAGAGGAACUCUAAAUACUACAACUACACACUGUCAGUGAACGGCAAGGCUCAGAAACAUGGAGCAGACUACAGCAGAGACUACCUGACAGACGUGCUGGCCAACAUGUCUCUAGACUUCCUGCAGUACAAAUCCAACUACCAGCCGUUCUUCAUGAUGGUGUCCACCCCGGCCCCCCACUCUCCCUGGACGGCAGCCCCCCAGUACCAGGACAGGUUCAACAGCACCAAGGCGCCCCGGGACCCCAACUUCAACGUCCACGGCAAGGACAAGCACUGGUUGAUCAGACAGGCAAAAACUCCCAUGACCAACUCUUCUGUCAAGUUCCUGGAUGACGCUUUCAGGAAACGGUGGCAGACUCUGCUGUCGGUGGACGACCUGGUGGAGCGAGUGGUGAAGAGGUUAGAGGUCAGAGGGGAACUGGACAACACGUACAUCUUCUUCACCUCUGAUAAUGGAUACCACACAGGUCAGUUCUCUCUUCCUCUUGACAAGAGGCAGCUCUACGAGUUCGACAUCAGAGUUCCUCUUAUGGUCAGAGGACCAAACAUCAAGCCCAACCAGACCAGCCAGAUGCUGGUGGCCAACGUCGACCUGGGGCCAACCAUCCUGGACAUCGCCGGCUAUAACGUCAACAAGACCCAGAUGGACGGCAUGUCCUUCCUACCCAUCAUGGAGGGGAAGCUGAACAGCAGCAGCUGGAGAACAGACAUCCUGGUGGAGUAUGAAGGAGAGGGAAGCAACGUGUCCGACCCCGCCUGUCCUCUGCUGGGGCCUGGAGUGACAGAGUGUUUUCCAGACUGUGUGUGUGAGGACUCUUACAACAACACCUAUGCCUGUGUGCGCACCGUCGCCCCCUCUGCUAACCUGCAGUACUGCGAGUUUGAUGAUAAUGAGGUAUUUGUAGAAGUCUACAAUGUGACAGCGGACCCCUACCAGCUGACCAACAUCGCCAAAACAAUCGACCAGGAAAUACUGGAGAAGAUGAACCAUCGACUGAUGAUGCUGCAGUCCUGCUCUGGAGCGUCUUGCCGGACACCCGGCCUGUAUGACACACGAUAUAAGUUCGACCCGCGUCAGAUGUUCACCGGCCACAGCUGGCGGUUGAGCAGACUGAGACAGACGAUGAAAUAAAACCAGAACGGGUGAGAGGAAGACGAGGAGGGAGGAGAGAGGAGAGAGGAGGAGAUGGAGGAAGAAGGGCUGCAUUGGGUUUAUUUCUUUUCAGCCUUUCCUACUGUUGUUGCCUUGUAUCCAGGCCUCCUUGCCCGUCUCUUUCAAGGACAGAUGAAGAAGGAAUAUGGGAGGGAGGGGGGCUCUCAGGGUGUAGGGCCCACCUUUGAAUCUGAACAUCUAGUGUGGGCCACUGGUUAGAGGGUAGGUGUGCAGGGGUGUAUUUCAGGGAGGCAGGAUUACUCAGGCUGCAGGUGCACUAGCCAAGCGACCAAAUCCAGACAGCUGAACAUCCGCUGCGUCAGCCUCGAUACUGCUCAUAAAUGACUGAAAAUUUGGCUGCAAUGUUAAGUUGACGAAUAACAUUUAUCAUAAUCGGCAAUAUUUACACAUAAUAAUCAGAAUAAUAAUCUGUGGUUGGUAUCAAACAAAGCUCAGUCUAAAUCCAAAAGAAGUGGUUCAUGCAGCAUCAAGGCAUUUGUCAGAACCACCAUCCAAGGUUAAUUUGACCAUUUCAAUUGUUGUAUUUCAGUUUUCUGUCUAAUUUGCUAAUCCUGCUUCCUGAAAUCCUCCCUGCCGUCGUUUUCAGGUUCUUCUGAAUGAGAAGGGCAGCGAGGCUUGUUCCAGAUCAGCGUGCCUAAUUAUAGACCCUGGUGUCACACACUAGACUUAUUUUGUGUUAAAAAAAAAAAAAAAAAAAGUGAAAUAAUCCGGAUCUCAGAUUGAUUUGAUAAACCAAUCUAGUUGAUUUUGUGAUUCAGCUCGCUAAGGGAAAUGGCAACUAACUAAACCGCAUUUCAAGACGUGACUCUGCAGACAAAACACAUGAUGUGCUGUCUCCACAACGCGGCACAUGUACAUGCAUGCACACGCAUCGUUUUAGGAACAUUUUACCAGGACUGUGUUGCAUUUCUCUAUUGUGUGUCUGAGCACUGUGGUUGCAUCUGUAUUUGAGUGAUGAAAUUCUUGGUCAAAUUGUGAAAUUUAAGAGAUGAAGAGAAGGAAAUUGCUUUUUUUGUCUAAUUUAACGAAUUGAUUUGACUCUUCUCGUUUUACUUGGUCAAUAUGUUGAUGCGCAUCUCAUCCUGGGUGGAGGUCACAAAGGUCACAACUGUCAGUUUUACUAUUAGAUUAAUGGACAGGGCAUCAAAUGUUCGAGUUCUGUGACUGUGAAACAUUAACACAUUUCGUUAAUAAUUCCGUUGUCAUUUCAUUGAUCUUUUCAGGCUACAGUCAUUUCACCAGUGUCAUCCUUUUGUUGAUGAAGGUGUGGAAUAUGACAGAGCCAUACAAGCAGCACUGCACUGUCCAGUGGUGCAGCCCAGUGGGGAGACAGUGAAAUUAUUUAUUUUUUGUUUUUUAAGUUGUUUUUGCCAAACGAGCAGUCCCUUUCACUCAUCAGGAUUUGUCAGGUCGGUUCUAGUUGCGUCAUGUUUGUGUUCAUUGGAACUGAAACUCAUUUCCUAAUUCAACUGUUUCUGUAAGGUUGGAUAAAUCCACCUGCUGAAGUGACUGUAACUCGACUCCUGACACUGCAGUGUGUCUGCACAGUGUGAAUCCUGUGAGACUGCCUUUCAUGUGUCGUGAAUAUGGACUAGUAGGGAAAGAGGAGUUGGGGGUCACUGAGCAUCUGACAGAUUUGUUAUUUUACCAAGUGGCCCUCUUCUCAAAACUUGAAGGGAACUUUGUUUUUUCUUUUCACUCUGGACUGAUUUUUUUUUUUUUUUUUUCAACUGGACCAAGUUUCCCAAACCAAUAUAUCCCACCUGCUGUGGGAUUUUGAAGACUAAUGAAAUUGGACUGAAGCUCCAUGUAGCAAAUAUUUUAAAUUGGACCGUCAAUAUUCAUGCAUACUUUUGUGUAAUCGGAUCAAAAUGUUGCAGUAGGAUUGAUUCAGGUUAGUAGACAACCAGUACAAAAUACUGAAUCAGUCAAGUUGCAUCAUAUCCAUCAUAUCAGAGGUGGAUAAUACUGACUGGAUGAUUUCUGUGUGCGUGUUUUUUAAUUAAAGGCCAAUGUCGGCUUCUUAUAUCAGCAAACUGUUAUGUUGGUCUAAUCUUAGUUUAAUCACACAAAAGUGAAAAAGAAAUCAGAUCUGUGCAGCUUCUUGGCAUCCAACCAAAGACUCGAGUUGGAGACUUUUGGGAAACUUGGCGCUCACCACUGAUUGAUGCAAGGUGAUCAUCAGGAAGUUUUUCUGGUAAACAUACAUUUGGUUCUUUUUUCUGCAUCAGUUUUGAUUGUGAAUACUUUUCUUACAGAUAAUCCUCAUUUAAAACAAGCAAGCAGGCAAACUGGUUGAUGAUUAAUGUUACAGCUAAGAUCUUGUCAACAUAAUCUGUUCCACUGCUAAUGUAUUAGUUGUUCUCGGAUGUUGUAUCCACAUAUGCUCUCCUCCUUUGUAGUUAAGAGUCAGUGGCACAACUGGACUGAAUUCUCACAGUUGAAUUAAGCUCAGCAUGAGAAACCCACUUUGAGGUUUAGGUUGUGUGUCUCUCCUGCUCCGUCUCCAUGUGAGAACACAAACCAGUCACUUCCCAAAGUUAGAAACUAGAGAUGGUAGGACUCACGGUGUGUGGACUCUGGCUCUCAGUGGGUUUUCCUCUCUAACUUAUCACAAUAUGGUCAUGACCUGUUUCAAUUCACUGAUGCACUUUCCUAUCUGUCAGAACUGUUUUGUUGUUUUGGCACCCUUAUUUACUGUUUAUUUUUCAAAAGAGUAGUUUUUAUGAUGAUGCCGAUGUAUUUCUGGCUUGUGUUUUUGUCCGAAUAAAGAUAUUCGCAAAAUAAA